AUGCCCUUUCCCCCCGCUCGUUCGGCGAUAUUACCCCGCUGUGCUGUGAAUUCGAAGAUCUUCUCCUGUCGUGUUCGCAGUCAGCUUUGCUCGUCUUACAUCUUCCCAUCCUUGACUUCUCCUGUCCUUGGAACUUCUCGUCAUUACUUCGCUGGACGUGUGGUCGACUUUUCCGGUUCCAAGACCUUUGCCAAAUCAUCACUUUCCCGUCGGUCAUUCUCCAGCACAUCUACCGUCAUGGCGGCCACAAAGAUUGAUGGCACGGCCAUUGCCAAGAGCAUUAGAGAGGGAUUGAAAGCCGAGAUUGCAAAGAUUCAAGUGUCCAAUCCUCGGUUCAAGCCGAGUUUGGUUAUCUUCCAGGUCGGCAAUCGAUCGGAUUCGAGCACAUAUGUGCGCAUGAAAUUGAAGGCCGCUGAAGAGGCGAACAUUCUCUGCAAGAUUGUCAACUUUCCCGAAUCGAUCUCUCAGCCUGAGAUCCUUCAGGAAAUCACAAAAGCUAACAACGAUCCCUCGGUGCACGGCAUCCUCGUCCAACUUCCCCUUCCUAGCCACCUGUCCGAACAUACAGUCACAUCUGCAGUUGCGGACGAAAAAGAUGUCGACGGUUUCGGCGCAAUCAAUAUUGGAGAAUUGGCCAAACGAGGUGGCCAUCCCCUCUUCGUUCCCUGCACCCCGCUGGCUGUUAUGGACCUCCUCAAGGCAAGUGGAGUAGACCCCGCCGGCAAAGAGGCUGUGGUUCUUGGCCGUAGUGACAUCGUCGGUAGCCCUGUCAGCUACCUGUUGAAGAAUGCAGAUGCCACUGUGACUGUCUGCCACUCAAAGACGCCGGACAUCCCCCGCAUCGUGAAGAACGCCGACAUUGUUGUUGCAGCCAUUGGAAAGGCAGAGUUCGUCAAGGGCGACUGGCUGAAGCCUGGUGCCGUUGUUAUCGAUGUCGGCAUUAAUUACAAGCCUGAUCCUUCGAAGAAGUCGGGACAGCGCCUCGUCGGAGACGUCGACUUCGAGUCCGCCGCAGAGGUAGCUUCGCAGAUCACUCCGGUUCCCGGAGGUGUCGGUCCCAUGACAGUUGCGAUGCUGCUGAAGAACGUCGUUACUUCGGCCAAGGCAUACUUUGAGAAGCAGCGGGACAGACAUGUUACGCCGCUUCCCAUCAAGCUGGUCCAGCCUGUUCCUUCGGACAUUGCCAUCUCCCGUGCUCAGUACCCGAAGCCCAUUACUCAAGUCGCCGCGGAGGUUGGCAUUGCUCCCCACGAGCUGGAGCCAUACGGCCACACCAAGGCUAAGAUCAGUUUGAGUGUUCUGGACCGCUUGGCUCACCGUCGCAACGGACGUUAUGUCCUGGUGUGCGGUAUUACUCCUACGCCUCUUGGAGAGGGCAAGUCCACGACUACGCUCGGCCUUACUCAAGCGCUGGGCGCACACCUGAACCGGAUCGUAUUUGCCAAUGUCCGCCAACCGAGUCAGGGUCCCACCUUUGGUAUCAAGGGUGGCGCUGCCGGUGGAGGCUACAGCCAGGUCAUUCCCAUGGACGAGUUCAACCUCCAUCUGACCGGUGAUAUCCACGCGAUCACUGCUGCCAACAACCUUCUGGCUGCCGCCAUUGAAACUCGCAUGUUCCAUGAAGCUACCCAGAAGGAUGCUGCUCUUUACAAGCGACUGGUCCCUGUCAAAAAGGGCAAGCGCGAAUUCCAGCCCAUCAUGUUCAGGAGACUCAAGAAGCUUGGCAUCAGUAAAACGAACCCUGACGAUCUCACCGAGGAAGAAAUCCGUCGUUUCGCGCGUCUUGACAUUGAUCCGCAGACAAUCACCUGGCGCCGUGUGUUGGAUGUCAAUGAUCGUCAUCUCCGAGGCAUUACCGUCGGACAGGCUCCUACUGAAAAGGGUCUGUCACGCGAGACGGGCUUUGAUAUCUCCGUGGCCAGUGAAUGUAUGGCCAUCCUUGCGUUGAGCAACAGUCUCGAAGACAUGCGCGAGAGAUUGGGACGCAUGGUCGUUGCCACCUCUAAGAGCGGGGACCCCGUGACUUGCGACGAUAUUGGCGCCGGAGGAGCUUUGGCCGCCCUGAUGAAGGAUGCUAUCAAGCCCAACCUGAUGCAGAGCUUGGAGGGAACUCCAGUGCUGGUCCACGCCGGUCCCUUCGCCAACAUCAGUAUUGGUGCCAGCUCUAUCAUCGCCGAUAAAUUGGCGCUGAAGCUUGCGGGUACGGAACCGGAUGAGGAUCACGAGGCUAAGACUGGUUUCGUGGUUACUGAAGCCGGUUUCGACUUCACCAUGGGAGGUGAGCGUUUCUUUAACAUCAAGUGUCGCUCUUCUGGCCUCUCCCCAGACUGUGUGGUCAUUGUUGCCACCGUCCGGGCUCUGAAGGUUCACGGUGGUGGGCCAGAGAUCAGCCCUGGAGCGCCGCUCCACGAGAUUUAUCGCACUGAGAACACCGAGAUUCUCCGCAAGGGCUGUGUGAACCUCAAGAAGCACAUCCAGAACGCCAAGAUGUACGGAGUGCCGGUGGUUGUCGCCAUCAAUCGGUUUGAGACCGACACGGAAGCCGAAAUCGCAAUCGUCCGCGAGGAGGCUAUUGCUGCCGGUGCGGAGGAUGCCAUCCCAGCCAAUCACUGGGCCGAGGGAGGUGCCGGAGCCGUUGACCUUGCCAAGGGAGUGUUGGCAGCUAGCUCCAAGCCCAAGGACUUCAAGCUCCUGUACGACUUGGAGGGCAGCAUCCAGGAGCGCAUUGAGCGCAUUGGAAAGGCCAUGUACGGUGCGGAGAAGGUCGAGUUCAGCGAGCUAGCGCAGAAGAAGGUCGACACGUACACGGCACAAGGCUUCUCCAAUCUUCCGAUCUGCAUUGCCAAGACCCAGUACUCCUUGAGUCAUGAUCCCGCGCUCAAGGGCGCCCCAACGGGCUUUACAGUUCCGAUCCGUGAUGUUCGGCUGGCGGUUGGAGGUGGAUAUCUUUACGCACUUGCGGCAGACAUUCAGACUAUCCCCGGAUUGCCGACUGCUCCGGGUUAUCUGAACGUUGAUAUCGACACCGAAACCGGGGAUAUUGAUGGCCUGUUUUAG